GUGAGAUCGGAAACGGAUGAGUGAGGGUUCUUCCCUCUCGCGCUGAGUGACGGUUCUUCCCUCUCGCAUUCUAUCUCUCCCCUUCUACCUCUCCCCUCUCCCUCUAUCUCACCGGCUCUUCAUUCAUCAGCCCCUCUUCAUCUAUCAAGCUUCUCAGCACGAGCAAUCAUGGCAGCGGCGAAGCCCACUGAAUUGGACCUGGAGUUGGGCGAUCUCCCAUGUCGGCCUGUUCCUCCGGAGCAUUGGAUGCGUCGCGUGGCGCCUCCACUGUCGCGUCCGCCAGACAGAUGCCAGCUGCGGCUUCCCAGACGCCAGAGCAACUACUGGGUGAAGCGGUGGCUGCAUUCCCACCUGAGGAGCAACUGAAGAUCAACAGGGUGAGACAGACAGACAGACAGAGACGGGAAAAUACGUCGGUUUUCACGGCAUCUGUUCUUCGCUGUGUGCGUCUUCUUUUCCCUGUCCAGUUCCGUUCCAUUGACUUCUACGUGGUGGUGUUGGUUCAUCAUCUGUGGUUCAUGAUUCCUGCCCUCUUUCUGAUCGGUCUCAUCCCUUGGUCUCUCACAGCAUGGGCCCUCAUGACCACCUUGGGUUACGUCGCAUCCCUUGCAGCAUUCAUCAAGCGGCUGUCUGGGGUGACAGGCCCAAACGCCUCUUUCUCUUAUGGGCGCGUUGGGGUGGCCCACGCUAUUUUGGCGAUAUCGGUGGCCGUUUGGUUGCACCUCCUGCUGUGCUUUCCUGAUACGUGGGGAAUCGGAGAAUCGGCCUUACUCAGCGGUUUGUCCGUAAUAAUCGUGGUGCUGUGUCUCCUGCCUUUAGCACGGGUCGCCAGCCCUGAGGCUGCCUUUAGCAGAGUGUGCCUGGAGAUCGUCACUGUGCACGUCAUGCUGAUGGUGAUCGAGAUCCUCUCAUUCCUGAUUUACAAACUCGUUACGGUAGCUUAUUAGAGACCUCCAGAGAGGGAGAGUGAAAUAGAUAUGAGCAUGUGUAUAGUGCGUGUGCGUGUGAAUGGAUACAAAGGUAGGGUGUGCAGUAGCUAUCCGUCUAGGUAUGUGCUGUGCAUUUGGAUGGUCGUUUUCGAUGUCAUGGCGGCCACCCAUAGCAUAGUCUGCUUCAUGGUAUCCAGAACAUUGGUCAGCCGGCUGAUCUCUUUUGGUAGGUACGUGUCUGUCUGUCUGUCUGAUGUGCGUGUUAUGCUGUACAUACACGAGUAGCCUGCCUGACUAACCUUUCUCUGCCUGUGCCCUCGCCGUCCAUACAUAUCAUUUUCACGAUGUGUCUGCAGUGCGAGUGUCAUACACGCAGCUCACGUUCGGAAAGGUUACAUGCAC